GUCUGAACGACUCGCAUGAUUCGUGCCACGAGGAUCAGGAGCCCAACGCGGACGACAAGAACCACAACCUGACGCCGGACUGCAGCCAGCCGCUGGCGGCCGGCUCGUGCGCCCAGACGGCCCAGCCGGACGCCGCCGACCGCAGUCGCCAGCCGCGCCCCGAGCCGCGGCCCGACGGCCCGGACGCGGCCGUCUCCUCGGAGCCGGCCGGCCGCUCGGCUCGUCCCGACGAGGCCUGCGAACGCUUCAGCGCGCAGGAGCGCGUGGCGCACAGCAGCGACUUCACGGUCAUCAUCCACGAGCACGAGCACCGCCACCACGGCCACACACACACGCACGGCCACAUCCACCAGCCGCCGAGCUCGGCCGCCGCCGUGGCCGGCAUGGUGAUCGUGGGCGACGGUCUGCACAACUUCACCGACGGCAUGGCCAUCGGCGCGGCGUUCGCCGCCGGCCUGGCCAGCGGCCUCUCCACCUCGGUGGCCGUCUUCUGCCACGAGCUGCCGCACGAGAUUGGGGACUUCGCCGUGCUGCUCAAGUCGGGCAUGUCGGUGCGUCAGGCGCUCUUCUACAACGUGGUGUCGUCGGUGCUCUGCCUGCUGGGCAUGGUGCUGGGCAUGGUGCUGGGCAACAUCGAGGCCUUCAGCAGCUGGGUGUUCGCGGCCGCCGCCGGAUCCUUCAUCUACAUCGCGCUCGUCGACAUGGUGCCGGAGCUGACCGCUGGCAGCGGCGAUUCGCACUCCAGCCCGUGCCGCCAGCUGACCGUCCAGCUGGUGGGCAUGAGCUGCGGCGCCGGCAUCAUGCUGGCCAUCGCCAUCUACGAGAACGACCUUCACACCCUCAUCGCGGUGGUGUGAGCCAUGCGCCGACCCGGUCAGCGCGCGGGAGCCGCACCGCCGCCAUGGCGCUGCCAGUGGGCAGCCGUCUGCGGCAGCUAUAUCUAUACCGAGCUGUGCUGUUUUCAUCGUUACCGCCUGUAGCUCUAGCCCACUUGGGGCACCGCUCUGGUCUGCUGCCGACCAAGCCACCUUAGCGGCAGAGUCUGCGUUCUUUCCCGGGCAGCUGUCGGGCAAGCGUGCUCGCCAGGUGCAGCUUUGUGUAGCACGCGCUGUCCUGUGCGUAGAGCUUCCGCACCGCGGCCCGUUUUUAUGAUUUUCCUCGGAGAUUGCGUCAGUUGAACGCCGGCUGUGGCUCUUUGGCACCUGUUGUCUUCUUUGUCUCCACUUGGUCGUGGUGUCUCUCCCUUCCGAGUGCCUCAGGGCGGGGCUGGACGUCGUCAGGCGCUGGCUCUAGUCCACGUGCGUGGAAGCGUGCUCUGGUGUGUGCGACGAGCGUAUGCGCGCGUGCCGUGUGCUUUUGUUCCGUUCGCGCCAUCGUCGCAGAGGCGGCGGGCGCUGUGUGAGAGCCAGAGCUGCC